AUGAAUUCAAUUUAUAAUCAUGGUUUAAAACAAACUCAAACAAUUACUCGAGAUUUAACAGAAUUUGAAAAAAAUUUAUCAACAUCACCCUUAUCAUUACAAGGAGCUAUAACAACUUCAAUUACAGCUUUUAAAAAAACAAUAAAGGAUUAUUCAGAUUUAUUAGAUAAAAAUACAACUGAUUCAUCAUUUGCUAAACAUGAAAGUAGAGUUACCAAAUUCAAUCAAGAUUUAGAACAAUUCACAUCAAAAUUUGAUUCAUUGAAAAAGCAAAGAGAAACAUCAUUACAAGAUGCUAAUAAACAAGAAUUGUUAGGAAGAAGACAUAUACCGACGCAACAACAACCAUCAGAUAAUCCAUACGAUCCAAACCAACAACUGCAUCAACAACAAGAACAACACACAAUGUCACAACGAGAAGGAUUAUAUAAUGAGAAUCAAACAUUAGCAAGAGGAUCUGAACAACUAGAUAGAAUAUUAGAAAUGGGACAACAAGCAUUUGAAGAUAUUGUUGAACAGAAUGAAACUUUAAGAAAAUUACAAACUAAAUUCGAAGAGGGGCUAGUGGUUUUAGGAGUUAGUCAAGGUACAAUAAGGAGUGUUGAAAGAAGAGCUAAACAAGAUAAAUGGUUAUUUUGGUUUUGUGUUGUUAUGAUGUUGGUAAUAUUUUAUUAUAUAAUAAAAUUCUUUAGAUGA